AUGAAAAGUGGGAAUGUUCUAAUUCUGAAAAUGUUGACAUGUACAACAAACGUUCAUAUUGCUCAUACAUCUGCUGCCUGCCUGCCAAUCCAUCGCGAAACAUGCAGGCAGCCAUCGCGAAGCUUCCAAGCAGCCAUCGCGAGACAUUCAGGCAGGCAGGCAGGCAGGCAGCAUGUUCAAUUGUUCAGUGAAAUGAGGAAAGGAUUGAGAGCCAUAGUUAUCACCACCAACAUCAUCAUUGUCUUACGGUACGGAGAGUGUAUGUCUGCAAAUAGACUAAAACUCAACAAAAAUAAAACUAAAUACAUGUGGCUUGGUAGCCAGCAAAGAUUGCAAAAUGUGGAUGAUCCCAAUGAACCAGUUGUUGAUCCAGGGGUCCUUCUUGCUCCAGGCCUUCUUAUGGGAGAUUAUGUGGAAGGUACUGAAACGAAACGAUCCGUGUUUUCAAAGAAUGUCAGUCAGGAUUAUAUGGCUGAUAAGAGAAGCGGAAGUAGAAGAAAGACACUUAAUAGAAGAAAGAGUGAUGAGGAUUAUGAGGCGGAUACUAAUGAGCAAAAAAUGAUGAAAAGAAAGCUAAAAUCAUUUUUUCUAACAAGGCAGCUCAACGCGAUAUGUGAUCCAGCGGGGUUGCAAUUGGUUCACAAUUCAUCAUAA